AGCAGUCUCUGAAACAAGGAGAAAUGGCGUCCGCGGACGUGGACAGCAGUCAGAGCGAGUUCCUGCAGGCUGGCGGCGCGGCCGACACACAGACAACAGACAUGUCGGCUAUUCAGCUGACUGGUUCAGACCGGUGGGAGGUGUUGACCCCUGUCUCGGCUGCAAAGGAAGACCAAGGCAUCGUCCACAUUCCAAACUCGGGGAUUGUCACGUCUAACGGACAGUAUGUGCUUCCAAUCGGGAGUCUUCCCAGCCAGCCCAUUUACGUUACAGCGUCUGGGAGCGAGGCCACGGCUAAUGGAGUGUCAGGCAUUCAGUAUCAGGUCAUUCCCCAAAUCCAAAACGCAGACGGGACACUCACAGGAUUCCCCACACAAGGACUGGACGACGGUACAGGCCAGAUUCAACUCCUCCAAGAUGGCAGCCAGAGCAAUAUUGGAAUCAACUGCUCCACAACAGCAGCUACAGACCUGCUCACACAGGCAGGCCAGGUUCAGUCCAUCCAGGGCGUCUCGUUGGCCGGCGGUUCGGCAUACGCCGGCACCGUGCCUGUAGGGCUUCCCGGCAACAUCACGUUCGUCCCUAUAAACAGCGUGGAUCUGGAGUCGCUGGGUUUGACGGGGGCGCAGACGGUACCGAUCGCCACUGGGGUAACACCCGAGGGCCAGCUGAUCAUGAGCAGCCAGCCGCUAGAGAACCAGAGCCAGGACUGCAACAGCAAGCAGUCUAUGGUGACUGUGAGCAACACCAACCAAGAGAUCUACGUGCCAACCACUUCCUCCUCUUCUUCCAACGCCUCCCAGCUCCCGGCGACCAUCGACGGCACAGGCGUUCUCACGCAGGCCACAGCUGUGUCUGCGGGGGUGGCAGACCCCUCUUCCACGGAGAACUUCAACUCCCACAACCACCUACAGCAAAUGCAGGGCUCGUCCUCCAACGCCACCACCAUCUCCCAGCCCAUCCUGCUGUCGGGGGACGGUCAGGCCCAGGUGGCGCAGGGCCAGGACCUGACUGGAGCCGGCCAGACUCUGCAGAGUGUGCAGCUGGUCAACCCAGGUACCUUCCUCAUCCAGGCCCAGACCGUCACCGCCACGGGUCAGAUCCAGUGGCAGACCUUCCAGGUUCAAGGUGUCCAGUCGCUCCAGGGGCUCCAGUUGCCCCAGGGUCAGGGUCAGACCCAGCAGCUGACUCUAGCCCCGGUCCAGACCCUGCCCUUGGGCCAGACCGGCCAGGUCAGCCUCCCCAACCUCCAGACUGUCACAGUUAACUCUGUAACACAAACUGGAGUCCAGUACACACAGGGAGACGACGCCAGGAGUCCAGCUGGGAUUCAGAUAAAAGAAGAGCCGGACUCAGAGGAGUGGCAGCUCAGCGGGGACUCCACGCUGAACCCCAGCGACCUGAACAACCUGCGGGUCCCCAUGGGAGACGAGGACAUGGACACGGCGGGCGGGGAUGGCAAACGGCUCCGCAGGGUGGCCUGCACCUGCCCCAACUGCAAGGAGUCAGGAGGAAGGGGCUCCGGCGUGGGAAAGAAGAAGCAGCACAUCUGCCACAUCGCCGGCUGCGGGAAGGUCUACGGGAAAACGUCUCACCUGAGAGCUCACCUGCGCUGGCACAGCGGAGAGAGGCCCUUCGUUUGCAACUGGAUGUACUGCGGGAAGAGGUUCACCAGGAGCGACGAGCUUCAGAGACACAGGAGGACACACACAGGAGAGAAGAAAUUUGUGUGCUCCGAAUGCUCCAAGAGGUUCAUGCGCAGCGACCACCUGGCCAAGCACAUAAAGACUCAUCAGAACAAAAAGGGCGGCGUGCCCACCUCCACCUCUCCACCCACCACCGACGCCGUCAUCACCACGGACGGAACCACGCUCAUCCUCCAGACCGCCACCGCCCACGACCUUGUAGCCAAUCAGGAGAUCCCUCUGCAGCUGGUCACCGUGGCGCCCGGUGAGGUCCUGGAGUGAGGGAGGGGCUUCUGACAACAGGCCAAUCACAGGGACCUCUUGAGCUUUUUCUCUUCCCCACUUCUUCUUAUUCUUUUUUUUUUUUUUU